ACGCUUCUACGUCAUCACGUCUGCUAGCCCUUAGCCAAUCAGAGUUCACUCCACCGGGUGGCGCUCCCGAAUGAUACACAGAGGGGUCGGCGUUAAGCCAUGAGCUCAAAUAACUUCUUUACAUCCGCUGGUUGAGGUGUGGUUACAUUAGCACUGCAGAGUGUGUGUAUGCGUGCGCGCCUGCCUGCCUGCAGGGUACCGUCAGCCAUGCCUGUGACAUCUCAGCUGCUCAGGGCUUUGCCUCGCUCCAAGGUCUUGGCCUCCAGUCUGUUACCAUGCCAACAACACCAGUCCCAGUUUGGGCCUGUAGCUCACCUACCUGCCUCAAGAAAGUCUGCUCACAUGUGGCAACGACGCCAGCCAUCAAGAAGUUACCAGACAUCCUCAGUUCUCCACAGCUACAUCCUCACCCCUCCGCAGGUCAACUCCAUUCUCAAAGCCAACGAGUACAGCUUUAAGGUGCCAGAGUUUGAUGGGAAAAAUGUGUCUUCAGUGAUGGGUUUCGAAAGUAAUCAGCUGCCAGCCAACGCUCCCAUCGAAGAUCGCCGCAGCGCAGCCACGUGCCUGCAGACGCGAGGGAUGCUGCUCGGCGUGUUCGACGGCCACGCUGGCUGCGCCUGUGCACAGGCGCUGAGUGAGAGGUUGUUUUACUACAUAGCAGUGUCACUGCUGCCCCACAACACUCUGUGUGAGCUUGAGGCAGCGGUGGAGGCCGGCAGGGCUCUCAGUCCCAUCUUGCAGUGGCACAAACACCCCAACGACUACUUCAGUAGGGAGGCUCAGAGGCUCUACUUCAACAGCCUUCGAACCUACUGGCAGGAAUUAAUCGAUCUAACCAGCCCAGGUGACGUUCCAGACACCCGCGAGGCGUUGCUGAAUGCCUUCAAGAGGCUCGACAAUGAUAUUUCACUGGAAGCUCAGGUUGGAGACCCAAAUGCUUUUUUGCACUACUGGGUUCUGAGAGUGGCCUUUUCGGGAGCAACAGCCUGUGUGGCUCACAUUGAUGGACCAGACCUCUUUAUAGCCAAUGCAGGAGAUGCUCGGGCAGUUUUGGGUGUCCAAGAGGAGGAUGGUUCAUUCAGCGCUCACACAUUCUCCAAUGACCACAACGCCCAGAAUGAGAGCGAGGUGGCUCGGAUACGGAGCGAACACCCUCCAUCAGAGAGAAAAACGGUCAUCCGUCAGGAGAGGCUGCUCGGCUUGCUCAUGCCUUUCCGUGCGUUCGGGGAUGUGAAGUUCAAGUGGAGCAUUGAGCUGCAGAAGCGCGUCUUGGAGUCCGGACCUGAUCAGCUUCACGAAAAUGAGCAAACCAAGUUUAUCCCCCCGAACUAUCACACCCCUCCUUACUUGACCGCUGAGCCCGAGAUCACGUAUCACAAGCUGAGGCCACAGGAUCGCUUCCUGGUGAUUGGCUCUGAUGGCCUUUGGGAGACCCUCCACAGGCAGGAAGUGAUUCGUAUCGUCGGGGAGUAUUUGACUGGGGUCCACCAGCAUCAGCCGCUCAAAGUCGGAGGAUACAGGGUGACCUUGGGACAAAUGCAGGGGCUGCUCGAGGAGCGAAAGGCUCGUGCGUCCUCAGCAUUCGAAGAUCAGAACGCCGCCACCCACCUGAUGCGCCACGCGGUGGGAAACAACGAGUUUGGCACAGUGGACCACGAGAGGCUGUCAAAGAUGCUGUCACUGCCCGAGGAGCUGGCUCGCAUGUACCGCGAUGACAUCACCAUCAUCAUCACGCAGUUUAACCCUCAUGUGAUUGGAGCACAGAGACAGGAAGGCCAGUCAUGAGCUGCUCAUUAGCCAUGUAACACUGAUCUCACACACAGCAGAUCUGUAUCGAAGCACACCGAGGACAAACCGGCCAUAUUCAGUAUCUGUCCACCGGUAAAUAUCAUUGUUUUAACACUAUAUAAAGAGUGUAUUUGUUUGUAUGCAGUGCUGCGGUUUCUUAUGAAGAUGUCAGCUAAAAACUGGAUGACGUUUCUUAUAACGUGUUAUUUAUGCUGCCGCUCGUUGCCAUUUUCAUGUACACUUCUCUUUGUAACAAGACACUGUUACAAACUGAAAAUCUAGAAACUUCCAAAAAGGGUAAAGGACGUGGGAGUGGCUUAAAAAGCAAAGAGCCUUUUAGCAACAGGGCUGACUCCACCUGUUGUUCUAUUAUGGAUUUUAAAUAGGCUGUGCCCCGACUGCAGCGUGCUCUCGUUUUCGGCUACAAGCAGGAUGCAGUCAUUUCUCUUUGUAGUUUGUUUCUGAGGGACUGUUGUUACGACCUGGGCUGAUUCAUCGACUUGUUUUUACCCUGUGACAUUGUAUGAGAUGUUCUUGGUGAAUCUAAACACAGAUGCUUUGUUCUGUGUUUACAGUGAGAUCUACUCCACUGAUUUCAGAGUGUUAAGGUGUUCACAUUGAUGUCCACGUCCAAUGUGGAGGUAAAUACUCUAGAAUGUAGGCUACAAGCCAACUCUUAAACCUCAUACGGCU